AUGGGUUUGGAGGGGGAAACCCCGGAUCCGGGUGGGGAAAAGAGAAGAGAAGGGGGGGAGACAAACAAAAGGGGGGGUCACGGGCGAUUUGGGGAAAGGGGGACCAACUCGGAAUCUCGAAGUGAGGCGAGAUCGGAGGUGAGCCAGGAUGGCGAGGAGUCUGGAAGAGGGUACAUUGGGGGGGGGGAUGUCUCUCCCACCCCUAGCUUGGGAAGAUUUUGGGCGGGUAAUAAAAGGAGGGUAAGGCGCCUCUCAGAGACGUCUUCUGAUGAGUGGGGCAGUGUGAUUGAGACGGAUGGAGCCAGGAGCCUGAACUCUGAUGGAACAGGGGGGGAAAAAAGGGGAAGAAGUGAGAAAAGGGUUAGGGACAACCUAGAAAGUGAAGGUGAAGGUGAAACUCCGGUGCGCAAAGUGAGCACCUCCCGCCGUGGCCGAGGCAAAGGCCACUACACGGGGCUGUGCGCCGCCAAAAAACAGCUGGAGAACUACGAAACGGAGACAGAGACGGACGCCCCCUAUAGUCCCAAGCCUAAACGGAACUCGGGCAGGCGAUCGCAAAGCCCAAUGGACGCCGAUGAAAACCCAGCGGGAUUUGAAACCCCUGGCAGCCGCAUCAAGGCCUGUGCGCAGGAAAUAAUGAAGGGUGCGGCCAAGAGCAAAAAUCUCAAAGGCGAGAUUUGGGGCCAAAUUAACUCUGCAUGUAGAGAAUUAAUAAAUCUCGCAGAGUCGCUUGGAGAGUCUGAGGUUGUCCGCGCGCUGAAAGCGGACAACGAAAGGAUGCGCAGCGAAUUGGAGAAUCUUCGCUUAGAAACGAAGGCGCUGCGCAAAGCCUUCUCGGAGCGCAAAAAGACGACGGAGCCAGCGCAGGGGAGAGCAGACACGCAUACCCUCCUUGAAGAGUUGGGUAAUUUAAUGGACGUUCGCCUAGGGAACUUCAGGAGUGAAAUCUUCAAGUCCCUAGGGAAUAUGGUCAAUGCUCGCCUUGAGAGCGUAGAGGGACGAUUGCCGCCAGAGCCCAUCCGCCGGCCACCGCUGGCUGCUGAUAGGAGGAGGAUCCGAGAGAGCCAAGACCUAGAGAUGGACGUAGAAACAAUGGCGCACCAGGUUGAUGAACCUAGUGCCCCAAGGCCGGAAAAAAGGAAUAGGGGGGCAUCUCUAGCGGUCUCACAAACGGCGGCCAACCAACCAGCAGGGGAGGCACCCCGUGCGGCAGUAAGGCCCCAGCUGUCGCAGGCCCAACCCAGACCGGUACCUACACCGAGGGAUAAAAAACUAGUGGUCCCAGCUCCCAGGGUACCAAGGAAGCAGGCUCGUCCGGGUGUGCCACCACCUGCGCCGCCCGCACCCCCACAGAACGAAUGGACCACGGUGGUUAAGAAGGGGAAGGGUAAGGCCAAGGGCAAGAGCCCUGCCUCUCCCCAGACCCAACAGCAGCAGACCCCAAAAAAGAAGACGGCCCCAAAACUAGUGGCCCCAACCAUGGCGGCGGUUGUCGUGGCCCUCAAGCCUGACUCCCAAACCGACUACAGAACGGUCAUGGAGAGGGCCACUACACUGAAACUGGCGGAGCUGGGUGUCGACCACCUAAAUGUGCGCAAAACGGCCACAGGGGCGCGAAUUAUAGAGGUCCCCGGGGCGCAGAGCAGCCAGGCGGCCGACAACCUGACGGACCGUCUCCGGAAUCUAAUAGGCGAUGUGGCUGACGUCUACCGGCCAAUUAAAAAGGCGGAAAUCAAAAUUUCUGGUUUUGACGAGUCCGUGACACCAGAAAUUUUGAAAAAGGAGGUUGCUGCCAGAGGUAACUGUCAAGUAGAACAGGUGACGGUUGGGGCGAUCAGGAUGGCGGCCAAUGGGACUGGCUCUGUCAUCAUACGUUGCCCACUAUCAACGGCCAAAGUGGUAGUCACGACAGGUCGCAUCGUGAUUGGGUGGUCGGCGGCCCGAGUGGAAGCCUUGGAACAGCUGCCCUUACGCUGUUACCGAUGCAUGGGGACGGGACAUACGAGGCCUCUAUGCCCGUCCUCGGUGGAUAGGAGUGACUGGUGCUAUAGGUGCAGCAAACCAGGUCACAAAAGCCAUGACUGCACAGCGUUGGCCCCCUGGUGCGCCGUAUGCCACCAUGCUGGGUUAAAGGCGGGACACGUGAUGGGUGGGCAAGCCUGCACCCCCCCACCAGUUAAAGGGAAGGAGGCCUACAGGACUGGUCCCGCAAAUGCCGCUGCGACCGCCCCCCGGAAUGUGCCUAAUCGGACGGAACGCCAGCCCAUGGAAACUUAA